AUGGGAUCGGUUGAUUCUUUAGUUGAUGAUUUUAUCCGGCAAAAUCCUUCAAGAAAGAUUGUUCUAAUUACGAGUGGUGGUACAAGAGUACCAUUAGAAAGAAAGAUGGUCCGAUUUAUCGAUAAUUUUUCCAUGGGUACACGAGGUGCCGCGAGUGCCGAGUAUUUCCUGAUAAAAGGCUAUGCUGUGAUAUUUUUUCACCGAGAUAAUUCUCUGAAACCUUUCAGACGAAAGUUCUGUAAUUUAUUUGAUCAUUUAGUUGUGAAUAACUCAGGAAGAAUUGAAGGCUUGUUAAUCAUUCGCUUUGCUUUCUUUUUCUUAUCAUUAAUGAAAAUCAUACUCGUUCGAGAUAUGCCGGGUUUAGUAGAAGCUUUGACGUUGAACAGUGAAUUUUCCGAUCGGCUUCUAAUGAUAUCAUUCGUCGACGUAUCUGCGUAUUUGACGACCCUUGAAAUGAUUUGUCUACGUCUUCGGCCUCUAAGUUCUUCCCUUCUAAUUUAUCUCGCUGCUGCUGUUUCGGAUUUUUAUAUAUCCGAAGAAAAUUUGCCAGAACACAAGAUUCAUUCAAAUCAAGGAAGCUUGCAAUUAUCGCUCAAUAUUGUUCCUAAAAUUUUGAAAAAACUGGUCAGAGAUAUCGUGCCAAAAGCAUUUGUCGUUUCAUUUAAGUUGGAAACUGAUGAAGCAAUAUUGGUUAGUAAAGCGCAUCAGGCUCUCCAGAAUUAUGGACAUCAGCUAGUAAUUGGAAAUAUACUGGAUACACGGAAAGAGCGAGUAAUAUUUGUUAGUAAUGGGUAUAAAGAGGAGACGAUACUCUUGAGCGAUGAGCAAAAAGCUGCAGGUAUUGAAAUCGAACAACCGAUUGUUGACAAACUUGUUGAGAUGCAUGAUAAAUUAUUACUCAACACCAAAUGA